ACUGUCUCGGGCAUCCCCUCCGGAUUAAAACUGAAAAAAUUGCUGGUGCAAGAGAGUGGAGAACUUAUUAGAGGACAUGAUAGUUGCGCACUGCCUUCCCCUAUCUACUUCACCUCCACCGUCUAAACUUGGAGCGAAUUCGCUCAAGGCCCCAUCUUUAUCCCUUCUCAACUCCAAAUUCGGCCGUAAUGAGUUAUGUAUCAAGUGUUCUUGCGUCAAAGAGGAAGAAACAGCUAAAGUAUUUGAGGACUUCUCAGUGUUGGGAUCGUAUAUUCCGUGGGACAGUGGGAGUGUAUGGAGCACAAUGGCUUUCUACUUGUUCAGUUUCCAUGUUCCGCUGAGUUUUGGAGGGUUGGCUGUGGUUGCCCAUGUAUUGCAUCAACCGAUGCUUGAUCCACAGACGCAGGCAUUAUCGUUGCUUGCGAUUCAAACACUAGAGCUCAGUGCAGUUUUGUGGCUUCUAAGGUGCAUUGUGCAGCCACAAUAUAACAUUUAUAGCUUCUUCCAAGCUAAGAAUCAAUCGAAGGAAAGGAACUGGUUUCUGGCAUCAGUACUGGGCUUUGGAUUUCUUAUCUUGCUGGUUUUCUCUACAUCCCUCCUGGCUGACCAACUGAUUGGGCCCAAGGAUGUGAAUAACUCCAUACUGAAAGAAAUCCUUUCUAGUGGCCCCGUCUCUGAAACAGCCUCCAUCCUUGUUUACUGUUUUUUGACGCCUCUGCUUGAAGAAAUCGUUUACAGAGGGUUUCUUAUGACAUCUCUUGCAUCCGAAAUGAAAUGGCACCGGGCUGUUGUCAUAAGCUCAGCCGUUUUCAGUGCAGCUCAUUUCUCCGGCGAGAAUUUUUUGCAGUUGUUUGUGAUUGGAUCUGUCCUUGGAUGCUCGUACUGUUGGACUGGAAACUUAUCUGCUCCAUUUGUCAUUCAUUCAUUGUACAAUGCCCUGAUCCUUGUAAUGACAUAUUUGUCAUAGAAAUUCUGUUUAUUUUUCA